AGUCUACUAAAAUCAAAGCAAACGGAAAGACACCUUUAUUUUUGUAGACAAAAUAAUAAAUAUUAAAUUACAAGCAUACGUUUACUAUACAAAAAAUAUUUUAACUAACUACCAAAAUGUGUAUCACCAGUUCUCACAACAGUUACUAAAAACAAAUAGAGUUGAAUGAACGCUGAUGCAACUAGUCUUUAGCAAAUAACAAGGAAAUCACAUACGUUCCGCUUUGUGAAGUGCCCAACAAUGGGAAACUCGGGCAGUGCUAAUAAUAUACAUCGUGAGCGAUCGAGUAUUGAUCGAAACUCCCAUUUUCAAACACGUUUUCAACACCUGAACCAGAACUCGCAUCGUCAGCUGCAAUGGGGUAGAUCUGGCCUAAGAACCAGCAGCCCAAUCAAUGCUCAGCGCAGCUUGACCACAGAAUGGAGAAGAUCAUAUCCAUCAACUGCCAUCAAUAAGGAGCCCAAUGCUCAAUCGGAAACUGUCUUUAAAGUCUUGCCCGAAGUGGACAAACGGUUGCAUCUGCGGGCUACUACAAAUGGUGCAAUCUUAAAUUCUGGGGGCACGAUCAGUGGACGAAAACCUAGUGAAAUUCCAUCGAAAAGCUUAUCAAAUGCACUCAGCAAAAGAUCGAAGACAUUCAUAAUUGAAACCGGGCAAGAUAGAAGCUCGGCUCUGAAUGAUAAAUGUGAUUCAAGGCCCGAAUUCACGAGAUCCCAAACGCUACUCUACGUUAAAGCUAAGAACAAAGAUGCUGACAUUAAUAUGAAUGAGACGAAUCUAUCUCGAAUGCAGCGGCACACAUAUUCAGAGCCGGAGCUCAUCAAUAAGCUAAAUCAGCAACGUACAUCAAUGAAAAAUAUGGCAGACCCACCAUUUAAGCCAACCAAUCGAAAUAAGUAUUCCAAAAAGCGAAGAGCUCCGGAAGCACCUCAAAUAGUCCCUGUACCGAGUGCACCACUAACAAAGCAGACCAUUGAGAUUCCUCGUAAUACUCAAAAUUUAACGGAUAACAUAAAGCCCACACAUUUUGCCAAAAAUUCAGAUCGAUUGAGUAAGUACAGCAAACAAACAUCGAGGCCAGUGCAGAGCCAAAAUGAUGUAUUCAAAAGGGGUACUGAGAUACGUAAAUCUGUAAAUGGAAACUUACAUUUACAAAACAAGUCAACGGAAUCCCCCAAAAUCGUUUAUCGGCGUGAGAAAAGUUCCGAUGCUAUUCUGCUGAAAAGUCGAAAAUCUGAACAACCAGCAGAGCGUAGAGAAACUACCCUCGACGUAGUUCCAAAGCAUCAUAGCAACCACACAUCCAUUCAAAAGCCCGCAGUCAAGUCUCUAAAUCCAAAAGAUAAAUUCGAUAAUGUAGCAAUAGUUGCGGUUCAGGAGAAUAAAACACAGCGUACUUUUUAUUUUGGUAUGGAAAGAGAUGCAGCUAAAGAUAUUAAUAAGCCGACUGAAAUUGCCGAGGAAAAGAGCGCUCCAAUUGAGACAACUCCAUUGCCAAUGAUACCCAAUUAUGACAUUGAAUAUAAGGAAUCGAAUCAAGUGGAAGAAAGUUUAGAUGACAAUGGAUUACUUGUGCACAUUCGGCCAACGCUGCCCCGUCGACAAGUGGAGACACCAUCGUUUAGUCCAACAUUGGCCUGGCGUUCCCUAAUCGAGGAACAAGAACGCAUCGAUAAAUCAAAUAUAAUUCAAAUUCGAAAUAGUACCUUAAAUGCAGCGAGUGAAAUGCCCAUACAACCCAAUCGAGUUACACAAAUUAAACAGCUUGCGAAGCCAACCCAUUUGCUAACAACUUGGACACCCGAACAAGAUCUUGAGGAUGACCAUGAUGACAGAGUCAAGGGUCUGGGUGCCGAGGACGAUUCCAGCUCGGACGAAUACCGUUCGAAAUGUGAGGAAGAUGGCUUUCUAUUUUAUGGCAGCAAGACCAAAAAUUAUACAGGAACGCCAAUCCACACAUUCAGUUUGUCCCUGCCCAGGGAUAGUCAUAUACACAAUGCUCGGGGUAUUGGUAUUUUAAACUCAAGCGAAAUCUGCAAUUAUAAAAGCCUGCAGAAAUCGAAGCCGGAAAACUAUUUCCAUAGCAAUAUGAAUCCGUCAUCUAGCCAAAGAAAUUUAACAUCGCAUGCUCAACUCGAUAAUGGUUGUGUUACCAAUUUUGAAAGCUCCAACAAUUGGAUGCUUCAUAAGAACGUCAGCAGUACGGAUCUGCAUACGAAAAGUCUAGAGCAUGGUAGCAAAAGGCAGAGACUGGUUUCCGUAGAGCCACAAUCGAUCAAGUUUCUAACUGGCGGAAAACACGUCAUGUAUUUGCCGGGCAGCAAUGAUCAAUCUAAUCCAUUGAAAGUUGCCCCAACAAAUGAAUCACAAGAAAAUACACAACAGGUCAGAACAAAUCGCAAUUUUAAAAGCCGGCAACGACAUAUGCCACAAAGCCUACAAGAUAAGACGCCAAUUUUUCCAAUAACGUCUAAGAAUGAUGAGGGUCUGAAAUUGGACGAUGAUAAACCAUUUCAUCAGCGUUUUUUAUUCAAUAAUCAAAUGCGAUUAUUGGAAAAAAAGUUACAUCCAGAGAAAUCCACAAAAGCCGCCAAACUUAAAAUGUCUGUGGAAGAAGAACUGGAAGCAUUAAAAAAGGUAGAGGAAGACUUUCAACGAAAUCGUGCGAAUGAAAAAGAAAAUGUUCAGCAUCAAUUGCGGCUUUAUUUUGGAAAUGAUGAUGAACGUAAAGAUAACUUUCACAGUCUGCCGAUAUCGCCCGUCCUUGAUCGAUUCGCAGCUAUUAAUCUCAAUGAGACGAAUACUAAAUUAUUUUGGCGUGAUGAUCCUGAGGGGUGUGUUUCGAAUGCACCUUAUGUCUCCCACGAAAGUGAGGGUCACAAAAUAACCAUUACUUCAAAUAAUAUGUAGCGUAAGAAUUGUAAAAAUAUGUAUACAUAUUUUUAGAUAAGAACUGUUAAUAAAAAGGAAUGGACUUAA